AUGUGCUGCUCGGGUGGCCCUGGUGGCAUCAGAUUGACCAGAUGCGGCGUCGUUUGCGGCAUCGCGGCGCUCGCUGCUCUCAGCACGGCGCUGUUAGGCCCUGCUUGGCUUCACACCGAGGAAAAGUUGAAACUUCCAUACUUGCCGCGCAGUUUCGCGAACGUCGUGACCGUGCGCUUCAAGUUGGGUCUCUUCAGAGUCUGCCCGAAAAUCGUCAAGCCUGCCAACUUAACGAUCCAUAUUUCUACACCGCCCUGCACUUACGUCAGGUACAGCAGCUUGGAAGACAUCAGGCCCCAGGAGUUAGGCUUCCCUGUGCUGGAAUUCACGCCCGCCGUGGUCUCGAAAAUAAGGAUUUCCGCGCUGUUUCAAGUAGCCGCUGCCGCGUUGCUGCUCGCUGCAACGAUCUCAGCAUUGAUUGGACAUUGUUACUCGGACCAUAGAACCCUCGUCGCCUGUGGACUAUUCCUUCUCAGCGGACUCUCGUUAGGCGGUGGCCUGAUAGUUCUGGUAUCGGCAUUAUCGGACGCGUCGCUAGAGUUACCAGGAAAAUAUAGUUUGCCAUCCACGUCGAGCAUGGAGAUGGAUGACAGCGGUCUACCGGAGUAUCAGUACGGUUGGUGCCUUCAGCUGUCGGGAUUGGCUUUGAUCCUGGCGGAAGUGGCGGCUGUAUUCACAAUGUCCGGUUACAUGGCUCGAUUCUCGACCGUCGAAGAAAUGGUGAGAGUCAUGGUACCUGGCGCUGAGAGGAAGCUAAGAGAACAGAAAGGCUUGAGCUCAGAAUACCUCGUGAGGGCUCAUCAGAAGUCACCUGGACCACCUCAAGCCAGAGGGUUUGGACAACCCGCAAAAACGCCCCAGCGAGUGGUCGAAGAAGGCACGUCCCUUUUAUGCAAAUCCGCGCCCGACAUUUGUGCCUCCAAUCCGCAAGCCAUCAGCUACGUCGAUAAGGCAGAUCUGGCACACGUUUUACCGACGUAUCCGGAUUCGAAGAAUGCCGACCCACGGUACACGUUCAGUGACAAGUCGGAGGCUAGUGUUAUCGACUCGCGUUUAAGUGGCUUCGCCGAUAAAGAAGGUUUGAUAGACUCGAGGAUUCUAUCCGACUCACGGCAGAAUAUGAUCGCUUUCACCGAGAGCAAGGAGCACACUGUCGGCCAGGAGCCGCGUUACACCGAAUUCUCUCCCAGAACUACAGAACAAAAUGUGGUGGAUUCGAGGUUAAGUGGUUUCGCAGAAAAGGAAGGUCUCCUCGACUCGAGACUCAGUGGGUAUAGUGAAAAGAACGAGUCGUUGCUGGACACUCCCUUCGGUUACGACACACGAUACAACAGUUUGGCAGGUCAAACGGUGCCAAUCACUUUGAAAAACCAGAGCACGUCUGUCUCGGCGAUCCAGUCCCAGUACAUCUAUCAGAAUUUCGGAACGAUACACUCUGGCAUUUUAAGAGUCUCCGAACCUGGUACAAGUUCGAGCUCGAACUCGAGCCAGAGGAGCAUGACGCUGCAGAAUCCAAAGAGGAAGUCACAAAUCGCGCAGAACACUUUCAGCACAAUGGAAUGCGAGAAGAGGAAACGCGGACCCGGUUUGGCCGGGAAAACAGGAUUCUAUACCGGGAGCGCAGUAUGA